CAACCAACUCAUCACCACUAAGACAAACAUCCACAUCACCAACAACCUCACAACAUGUAUAGUCCAUCAUCCUCUUGACCCUCCAAUGGCGACUCUAGCACGACCCAGUCCUGCCUCCUCACCGACCAGAAUGCCUCGAAAAUGGGCUAGAAAGUGCGAAAGGUACUGCUGCUUGGGAGCAACAUAUUUCCCACUGUUCUUCGUGUACAGCAUAACCUCCUGGGCCGUCUGGGUGGAAGCGACCAUUGGCUUUCUACCUGCGAAGACUGCUUGGAUAGGAAACGGUACCUCGUUCCUCGGAAUCGCACUCUACGUUCUCCUUAACUGGUCGUACACAACAGCUGUCUUUACCUGUCCGGGCACGACGACCAGCCAAGGCUACAGCUCCCUCCCCACAACUGCGCCUCCUCCCGCGACGAACUUCACUGUGAAGGCGAAUGGCGAGUUGCGAUUCUGCAAGAAGUGUCAAGCUCGGAAGCCGGAUCGUGCACAUCACUGCUCGACAUGCCGAACCUGCGUCUUGAAGAUGGAUCAUCACUGCCCCUGGCUGGCGACCUGUGUUGGUCUGCGAAAUUACAAAGCAUUCCUCCUAUUUUUAAUCUACACCACCCUUUUCUGCUUCGUCUGUUUUGGAGUGUCUGCUGUAUGGGUCUGGAGAGAGAUUCUGAACGAAGGAGAAUAUACGGAAUCGCUGAUGCCAGUGAAUUACGUGAUGCUGGCCGUCAUCUCGGGAAUAAUUGGCCUCGUCCUGGCUGGCUUCACAGGCUGGCAUAUUAUACUUGCAUCUAGAGGUCAGACAACGAUCGAGUGUCUGGAGAAGACAAGAUACCUCUCGCCUCUGCGAAAGUCGAUGCAGCAUCAGCACAUUGGUUCUUAUGGUCAACAAAUGGACGACAUUAAUUCAGGACAGAGACACGAAUUUUCGGACGCAGUAGAGAGGCAGCGCGCGAGGGACAGAUACGAAGCAUAUCUUGACGAACAAGAUUCUGAGAAACUGCCCAGCGCAUUUGAUCUUGGCUGGAAACGGAAUCUUGGACACCUAUUCGGACCAACGCCGGUACUAUGGUUUGUUCCGAUAUGCACCACCACUGGAAAUGGAUGGAGCUGGGAGCCCAGUCCAAAGUGGCUAGAAGCGAGAGAGAGAAUAGCACGAGAACGGGAAGAGCAGCGGAUGCGAGAGAAUGCCGCUGGAUGGGGUGCUGACCCAGCACCAGCUCCUCCAGUGCCUCAAAAGCAAGAAGGCGCAGGCAGACAUUAUGUCGCCUAUCCGAGUCGGUCAACGUCGAAAGCGGACCGCAUUCUGGGGAGGAACCCAGAUGAUUAUGCGGAUACAGGAGCCGUCUCCAUGGAGAACCUCCAUCCACGGAACGAGGAUGAUUAUGAUAUUAGCAGCGACGAAGAUGAGACUGAGAGGAAAGCCCUAGACAGAAAGGCUGCUGUAGGUUGGCCUCAGAAGGUUGGUGUUGUCACAAAUACCUUGCUUGGCAAUACAUUGGCAAGACAGAAGGACGACGUGAGAGGUUGGGAUGGAAUGGAUGAAGGCGUUGACUGAUCAUUUGUAUCUACAUAAUACCCAAGAACAAACCUGCAAUAUAAUUUUGACGAUCUGAACAACC